AUGACCUCUCCCGACUCAACACCCGUAGUGGUCGCCGAUGAGAAGCAUCAUGGCGUAGACGUGUCCCAGGCAGCCGACGACCUGGAGAGAUUUCAACGCGACCACCAAUGGGACCCCAAUCUUUCCCCUGAGAAGGCCGACAUGGUCAAGAAGGCGCUGCAAGAUGGAGAUUCUGAGGAGAUUAUCACCGCCGAUGCCAUCCUCACAGAGGAUUCGCCAUACGAAGAGGUCAGAGCUGCAGUCCGCAAUACCGACGGCGAAGAAGUCGCGAAUACGGUCCGCGCCUGGGUCCUUGGAAUGAUUUUCGUCACGAUCGGCAGUGGGCUGAACAUGUUCUUGAGUAUGAGGAGUCCGGCCAUCAAUUUUCCCUCAAUAAUCGUCCAGUUGCUUGUCUACCCGAUCGGUUGCUUGUGGGCGAAAGUAAUGCCAACGAAGGUGUUCAACACAUUCGGUCUUCAGUGGACUCUCAACACCGGACCUUUCACGAUCAAGGAGCACGUCGUCAUCACCCUGAUGUCCAACGUUUCGAUCAGCUACGCCUACAGCACCGACGCCCUUCUCGCACUGCAGGGCAAGCCCUUCUACGACAUCAACCUGGGAUGGGGCUUUCAACUGCUCUUCACACUCAGCUCUCAACUGAUUGGCAUCGGUCUCGCCGGUCUUUGCCGCAGAUUCCUCGUCUGGCCGUCCGCCAUGAUCUGGCCAAACCAGUUCGCCAACACGUCCCUCUUUUACGCCCUGCACGAUAAGAGCAAGAGUGACGGCACGCACAGCAAUGGUUGGGUCAUUAGCCGAUACCGAUACUUUUUCUACGUCCUCGGAGCCAUGUUCGUCUACUACUGGAUCCCUGGCGUUCUUUGGCAAGGUCUGUCGGUGUUCGCCUUCAUCACGUGGAUUAAGCCGAGCAACGUGGUGGUGAACCAACUCUUCGGAGGCUUCACUGGCCUCUCGCUGAUCCCCAUCACGUUUGACUGGACUUACGUCUCCGCGUAUCUUGGUGAUCCUCUCCUGUCUCCGACGCAUACUCAUAUCAACGUUCUGAUUGGACUCUUCGUCUUUGUCAUCCUCCCGACCAUCGGCAUCGCCUACACAGGCGCCCUUUUCUCGGAAUACCUACCCAUCAAUACCUCGCAGACGUACGAUAACACCCAAGGCAGCUAUAACGUGAGCAAGAUCCUUGGUGCAGGAUACACAUUUGACGAGGCGAAAUACAAAGAGUACUCGCCCCUCUUCCUUGCGCCAACCUUUGCCCUCAACUAUGGUCUUUCUUUCGCCGCUCUCACCGCAGCGAUUGUUCACACCGGUCUUUUCCACGGAAAGGAGAUUUGGUAUCGACUCAAGACGGCCCGCAACCAGGAGCCUGAUAUUCACAUGAAACUGAUGAAGAAAUAUCGCGAUGCGCCUGAGUGGUGGUAUGCUGUCCUUCUCGUCAUUGCCGUUGGCCUUGGUCUGGCUACGGCUGAGGGAUGGGACUCGCAACUACCCUGGUGGGCUUUCUUUGUCGCGAACUUCCUGGCGACAGCUUUCGUCGUCCCAACCUGCACGAUUCUGGCCAUCUCGAACUUGCCGCUCGCCCUCAACGUGCUCUCCCCGUUCUUGGCUGGAUUCAUGAUUCCAGGAAAGCCUAUCGGUGUCAUGAUCUUCAAAGUUUACAGCACAAUUACCCUUGGUCAGGCACAAACGUAUUCAGGCGAUCUCAAGAUGGCUCACUACAUGAAAAUCCCUCCACGCAUCACGUUUUGGUGCCAGGUCGUCGCUACCAUCUGGGCAGUCUUUGUGCAAAUCGCCGUGAUGAACUGGACCUUGGGCAAUAUUGAAGACUGUUGCGCGCUUCACCAAACCGCACACUUCACUUGCCCCAAUGGAAGAGCAUUCUUCUCGUCCUCCAUCGUCUGGGGAGUGAUUGGUCCUAGACGCAUGUUUGGAGCCGACUCCCUCUACCACAAAUUCAACUUCUUCUGGCUCAUUGGCGCGUGCCUUCCUGUCGUCUUCUACGUCAUGACAAAGGUCUUCAACCUCAAGUUUGUCCGAGCAUUCCAUGCCCCGGUCAUGCUUGGUGCUAUGGGCUGGCUGCCGCCUGCGACGCCACUCAGCUUCUCCAGCUGGGCCAUCGUUGGCCUCAUCUUCAACCACGGCAUUCGCAAGAGAUUCCAUGGCUGGUGGAGGAUGUACAACUACAUUACGGCCGCCGCCCUGGAUGCCGGUCUCAUCAUCAGCACUAUCGUUAUUUUCUUCGCCAUAACGCUGCCCAAUGUCACAAUACCCCAAUGGUGGGGGAAUGUCGAUGAUAACACCUGUGACGCAAUACCUCACUGCCGUAUCCCCUCAAUCAAGAUCGUCAACUAA